CAAAUCUUAAAAAGUACAAAAACAUAAUCUUUCGGAAAAUUCUUUCUAAUAAUGUUAAAGGAACAAAUUCUUUCAAUUAAUUUUGUUUUUUUAGCCUCUCCCUCUGCAGAAAAAAUAGAGCAAUAGGAGAAAUUCAGCAAAAUGCGAUUUCAUCAACGAAAAUCACUUGAAAAGGAUUUCACUCUUUAGCAAAAUAUAAAAUAAAGAAAAUAAUGAAAUUGAAAAGAAUUAAAAAACUUGAAUCAAAUUUUGCGUUUUCCUGGCAUGCUCGACUUUACCAAACGCUUUCUUAAAAUAUUCAAAGGCUUAUGAAUCCAUUAGAAACGAAACGUAUUUUGGCUAUUCAGUCGUCUGUUUGUCACGGUUACGUUGGUAAUCGUUCUGCUACAUUUCCAUUACAACUUUUGGGCUGGGAUGUGGAUGUCAUUCCCACUGUAGAACUGUCAAACCAUGCAGGAUACCCGAUUGUUAAAGGAAGAACCUUAGAAGCUGCUCAAAUCAUGGACUUGUACGAGGGUGUCAGCCUUGCUAACCCAAGUGGAUACGAGUGUCUUUUGACUGGAUAUUCUCGCGGAAUGGAAUGUGUAAAAACCAUCUUCCAAAUCGCUAAACUUGUAAAGGAGAAAAACCCGAAUGCCUUUUGGGUAUUGGACCCUGUUCUUGGAGAUAAUGGAAAACUGUACGUCGAGGAAGUAAUUCUUCCUCUAUACCGUUCCAUGCUGCCUUAUGCAGAUUUAAUUACGCCUAAUGGAUUUGAGGCCGAGGUCCUAACAAAAAUGCCUGUGAAAUCAUUAGCGUCUGCCUACGACUGUGUUCAAUUUUUGCACAAAACAUAUCGUAUCAAGCAAGUCGUGAUUUCCUCAUUUUUGGCGAUGGAAGGAAGCACCAAAAAUCUUUAUUGCUUUGCUUCUUCCAUCGAGUCAAAGCCAUUCUAUGUGAAGAUUCCUUUCAUUGAAGGCUUCUUUUGCGGUACCGGUGAUUUGUUAACAGCGCUUCUCGCAGCUCACAUUGCUUCCAAUGAAUUCAAAGACGAAACAGACCCGUUCAAAAAGGCUGUUGAAGUUUCAUUAAACUCAGUGCAUGAAGUUGUUCAACGAACAGCUUCUCGAAUUAGCUCUCUAAAUGUAAAAAACUAUCACCCAGCGUACGCCGAGCUGUCGAUAAUAAAAAGCCAGCAAAGCAUACUUUCUCCUUCGUUGUUAUUAUCGGCUACCUACUUCGAAUAAAGUUCAAAUCAUCAUCUAGAAGCUUUCCUUUUCCAUACGAGGAUCGCU